GAUGAUUUUUUUAUGUAGAGAAGGUCAUAAUAAAUCGUUCAGACCAUUGCUGAUUUUAUUCGGCUUUUGCACUAUUGUGGUAUACACAACGAUGAAGUGCUAUGUAAAAAUGUUCCACGUGGUAUAUGUUGUGUUAGUACUGUUGGCCUACUCGUCGCCAAUUUCAGGGGAACCUCAACUUACGUACACAGGACUCACCGGCACAUUGCAGAAACGGGCUACUUUAUGCCCUCGCAAUACUGAAUGUUUGCCGUUAUCACAAUGCCCAAUGCUCAACGAUAUCUUAGAUAACGCGUGUGUGAACACAGACAGAAUUGCUAAUCUUGGAUGCGGAUAUCAAGGGGCCCAAGGAUAUGUCUGUUGCCCCCUUGUUGCCGAUCCUUUGAACAACAUUAAUUCGGGAAAACUGGUAGAUGGGCAACGAUGUGGCCUUUCGCAAGUGCAGGGAAAUAAUUACAAUGGGAUCGGGGCCUUCCCUUGGGUGGCAAGAGUUGGAUUUCGAAAUGUCCUUAAUGGCGAGAUAAAGUAUCCCUGCACCGGCUCUAUAAUCAACAACCGAGUGAUCCUAACAGCAGCCCAUUGUGCGCUCGCCAAAGCUGACAGUUACAAACUAUCGUCGGUCCGUGUGGGAGAAUGGAACAGCGACAGCGAAAUCGACUGUGGCGAGGAAUUCUGCGGGCUUCCAGCCCAAGACGUCCUCAUCAGCCACGUCAUCGUCCACCCAGGCUACGACAAACAAACCUACCGAAACAACAUCGCACUUUUAGUCCUGCGGAAUAAAAUCAAUUACACAGUAACUGCCCAACCGAUUUGCCUGCCGGAAACGUGGUCCGUGACGAACCGAAAUGGGAUUUUGGUCGGGUGGGGCAGAAAUGCCAAACAAAACACACCAUCGAAUUUCCAGCAAACGCUUUAUCUGCCCAUUACUGAUUUGUCGUUGUGUCAUAAUGUGUACGGGAGGACGCUGCCCAUCUCUGAGCACCAGUUGUGUGCAGGAGGAGAGGCUGGGAACGACGCUUGCAGCGGGUUUGGAGGAGCGCCGCUGAUGGUCAGGCAUGGGGAGACUCAUUAUCAGGUCGGUAUUUUAUCGUUUGGUUCCGACCAGUGUGGGGCAGCUGGAGUGCCAAGUGUUUACACCAAUGUCAAAAAGUACAUCUCUUGGAUUCGUGAAAAUAUUCCAGUAAUUUAUAACAAUUAAUGUGUUUCAUUAGUUUAAAUGUAUUACUGUAGGUAUUAUAAAUAAGUUUAUAUGCAGACUAUGUUUAGAUAAUUGUGAUAAAAUUUUAAUAAAAUUAAAUAUGGAUCAA